AAAGCCCGACCCCUUUGGUGACGUCACAUGCACGGCGCGGAUAGGCUGUUACAGCGAGGGGACCGAGAGAGGGGGGAGUUCUGUGACGUAUCAUGCGCGUCUCUGGCCCUGUCCUCUCGCCUCCUUGUAGUCCCCGUGUUUGGGGUCGCGCAGCGUGAGCGCGCUUGCCCGUGUGAAGGCAAAAAGAGUGGUAACGGCCGAGGCUGCCCCCGCCGGCACCCAUGGGAGGGUGUGUGGGCACUCACCAUGACUCCUCGGGCAGCCUGAACGAGAACUCGGAUGGUACCGGAGUGGCCUUAGGUCGUAACCAACCAUUGAAAAAAGACAAACCCAAAUGGAAAAGUGACUACCCCAUGACUGAUGGACAGUUGCGCAGCAAAAGGGAUGAGUUCUGGGAUACAGCACCUGCCUUUGAAGGACGUAAAGAGAUUUGGGACGCACUGAAAGCAGCAGCACACGCCUUUGAGAGUAAUGAUCACGAGCUGGCGCAGGCAAUCAUAGAUGGUGCAAGUAUAACAUUACCACACGGUGCCCUUACGGAGUGUUACGACGAACUGGGAAACCGCUACCAGCUUCCUGUUUACUGCCUUGCCCCUCCAAUAAAUAUGAUUGAGGAAAAGAGCGACACAGAGACUCUGGACAUUCCCGAGCCCCCACCAAACUCUGGCCAUGAAUGCCAUCUACGCUUGCGCCUCUCCACCGGCAAAGACCUUAGACUAAUGGUGCGCAGCACGGACACGGUAUAUCACAUGAAGCGGCGCCUCCACACAGCGGAAGCUGUGGAGCCUGCUAGCCAGCGUUGGUUCUUUUCCGGCCGGCCGCUGACAGACAAAAUGAGACUGGAAGAACUAAAGAUCCCCAGAGACUAUGUGGUACAAGUAAUAGUGAGCCAGCCUGUCCCACAUCCCACACCAGUAGAAAACUGAUCAUCUCCAAAAGAAGACACACAACCGUCCUCUUUCUCUCGACUCAAAUCACUCCUUGCUAUGUUUGUAUGCAGCCUGUAACCUUACUUUUUUUUUUCUUUUUGUUUCUUUUUAAUUCCCACUUGUAUUUAAAUCUGAGCCUGUC